AGUUUACUCCACGCGCCAACUCACCCAUAGCAUGCAGCUGUCAAUGCACACGUUGGUAAACAAACUCACCCGUGGCGCGAGUGACGUGAAAGCAAUACACAACACUGGGCGCAGUCAGCGAGUGCUUAUUAGUAGUGAGAGUGAACAAAACCCUACAAAUCUGUAAGAAUGUCAUCAACUAGAGGCCCUACUGGUGGAUCGAAAGCGAUGUUUUGAUGGUUUAUAUAUCAACAGCAACAACUGUUAGCUCUAAAGUGUGUUCACAGCCGACACUGUUUGAGAAGCUAGCUGCAUUGAGGCAGAGUGAUGCAACCUGUAAACGAGAAGCCACUCAACAAAGAAGAACAGAAAAAGAAAUUAGAGAGAACUGGAAACUUGGAAAAUUUAGAAAUAUUGGGAGAGAAUUUGAUGGAGAGGGAGAGUAAGAAAAAUGAAGAGGCUCGUGUUGACAUUUCAGGUUUGAAUUAUGAGUCUGAUGAGUGUAAUGCUGAGCUCGAGGAGAGUGUGAAAAAUUGUAAUGGAAAUGGUAGUGUGGGUGUUGGGGAUAGUAAAGAGAAAAAGAAUCUGGCUGAGCGGAGGAGAUUGAAGAAGCUUAAUGAUAGGCUUUACAUGCUCAGAUCUGUUGUACCUAAGAUCAGCAAGAUGGAUAAGGCUUCAAUACUUGGGGAUGCUAUUGAUUACUUAAAAGAGCUUCUUCAGAGGAUCAACGAUCUCCAUAAUGAAUUGGAAUCAACCCCAACUCUUUCUUUGAUGACGCCUUCUACAAGCAUUCAGCUUAUGACCCCAACUCCACCUACCCUUCCCUGCCGCAAUAAGGAGGAGCUAUGCCUGAAUCCUAAAGGCAAACCUACAAGGGUGGAGGUUAGGGCAAGGGAAGGAAGUGUUGUCAACAUCCACAUGUUUUGUGCUUGCAGACCAGGUCUGAUGAUCUCCACCAUGAGGGCUCUAGAGAACAUUGGUUUGGACAUUCAGCAGGCUGUCAUCAGCUGUUUCAAUGUGUUUGCAGUGGAUGUCUUCCGAGCUGAGCAAUUGAGGGAAGGCCAGGAUCUGCUUCCCCCCCAGCAUAUCAAAGCAGUAUUGCUGGUUACCGCUGGUGUCCCAGAUACAAUAUAACUCUUUUCUACAUGCAACCAACCAUCCUACAAGCCGAGGAACUAACUGUAGUGCUGUACCUCAAGUAGUUUGUAAGUGCAAAUUACUUCUCAUAUCCAUUCGUAGAGGUAGGUAGGUAGGUAGGGUAGUGGUUCGUGUCUCAUUUAUCAUGUAUGUUCAACUGCAUGGAAACUCAAAGUUGCUUAUCAGUAAACGUACUUGCCAAUAAAAAAAAAAAACCACAUGGAAACUCAACUUGUUUUGGAAUUUCAUUUUUUAGAAUAAAAUUUUCUGUUUUAGUUGUUUAA